AUGCCCAGCGCACCUUGGACCUUGGUUCUGUCUGUCGUCUUGGCUCUGCCGACGCUGCCUGCCGGCUCGCUUUUUAGCACAAAGAGGCGGGACUAUGACAGCAAUGGCGCCUCCUCACUCGGGAACGCAAACCACAGAAGGGGGAGGGUGGCUGUCAGCAUCUUGUUCCUACGCGUCAAUGCUGACGUGUUCACACACAAGUGGUGGGAAGGGUCAUUUUCCCGCCGCGUCGUGUUGUGGCCGCCCCGCGCCAUUUUAACCUAUCUGCAACGCCCGUGGGGGUCGCUGUCCCGACGGAGCCGCAAGCGAAGGCGCACGCGAGGCGGGACCCUCGCUGGGCCGGAGGACGCCGCGGGGGCGGGCGGAUGCAAAUACAGUACUAGAAAUGUCGCCCAAAAUAAGCAUCACCAAUCCCCUCCGCCCGCCGCCCUCCCUCUCUCCAGAUCCCCGGGGCAGGCCCUCAAAAAGGGGGCGACGACGCAACCACCGGGUGCCCACGUGGACCACCCCUCGGCCUUGUUAUCUGGCACAACACGGCAGAUGCUCGGCGGGCCCUCCUCCCUCUCUCUCCCUCCCACUAGACUCCUUCUGCGGACCUUCUUCCUUCCUCUGACCGGAAAGCCGAGAGAAGUCGUGUCAUCAGCGGCGUCUCGUGCACGCAAUGCCACCAAGGAUCCGGAUUUACACUCUACCCAGGGCGGCCAGCCAGCAGGCCAACCGGACGACCCCGCCCGGACGGCAGAUGGCCAGCAGGCCAGGGCCAGCACCCCCUCUCUCGCGGCCCUAAACCCUGCGAUUGAAGCUGCGGUAGCAAGAGGCGAGGUAGGGGUUGGCGUGGCGUGCUUUGCUGUGUGGAUUUGGCGCCAAUGGAAACGCAUGCCUCUCUCGCUUGCUUCGUUAAAACGUUCCCCUUUUGGCCUCCCGUGCCGCUCGACCGGCCGGCCGUUUCCCUCAUCCAAAGGCGGCCUUCUCCUGGAGGAGCAAACUGCAAACCAGGCUGGCUCGUCGCGUCAGGAGAGGCGCUGCUCAGUGCGCCGCCACGCCGCCGCAGACAAGCCGUGCGUGGCCGCCCGCUCAAACCGUGUCUGCGUUUCAGUUGUUGCCGAUCUCCGAGCCCAUUGGCUGGCUGGUCGUAUUUGGAUGGACGCAUUCUCCCUCAAGAACGUCGAUGUUUUGGUCUCCUGCGCCGCCCAGGAAGGAGAAAACACAACACCCACACCCCUCGUUCGUUUUCUUGGUUCGCCCAAGGAUGACGAUCAUGGCUCCGUCACCCCAGGGCCAGUCGGAAUGCGAAGAUGA